AGUGAGGACUCUUGUACAGUAGACUGCAUUCGAAUAAUGACUCCCCUUGGUUUAAGGUAGCACGUGGCAGUGCGGUGGGUGGAUCCGGACUCAGCGUUGGCUUGUUUCUCUCUCGCCGGGUCCGCCGCCGAUAUCAACCAACGCCCCGCAUCGCAACUCCAGCUUUGCAACUACGCUGCGUUCAUCGAAUACCGACAAAAUGGCCAGUCAAGCGCAGAUCAGCCCGAAAAAGCAGCAGGAGCUCCAGCUCCAGUACUCAAAUUACAAGAACACCCUGCAACAAUUGGCGCAGAAGAUCGGCGACAUUGAGCAGGAGGCAGAGGAGCACAAACUUGUUAUCGAGACCCUCGAGCCUCUUCCCAAGGAUAGAAAAUGUUUCCGCAUGGUCAACGGAGUUCUGGUUGAGCGGACGGUCGAAGAUGUUCUGCCCUCCCUUAAGACAAACUCCGAUGGGCUCAAACAGGUUUUGGAUGAGCUCCUGAAGCAAUACAAGUCCAAGCAGUCAGAUCUUGAUAACUGGAAGAAGAAGAACAACAUUCAAGUCGUACAACCAUAGGAUACCAUAAAUUGGCAAUUACCACGGUUCAUUAAUUACCCUUUCACACUUUCCUUGGUGCUAUCUUCGGAGGAUUCAACCAGAGAGCAGAGCAGGAGCGGCGUUACUUGGAGUCCAAAAAACCUCAUUACAGAGCCUCAGUUUGUUACCAACUUGACAAUACCAUGGCCUGAACCAUCGUGUCUCAUAGCAUCUGCCAGGGCAGUAUACUGCCGGGUUCCCUCGCUCCAGACAAGGACAUUGUGGCAGGUAAACAUAAACUACUGCUAU